AUGCACCAUCUUGAAGGUCCCUGGGCGGCGGCAAAUAGCACCAGGCGUCCGCCAUACAAUCCAGAGGCAUCGGACCUCUCGAGAGAUGAUCGGCGACCGCUCAUCCAUGUGCAGUCCACCGACUCAGCGGAGACCCGCACCGAGUCUUUAGAGUCCGCGCAAACCCCACGAUCGAAGAGCUCCGUGACCGCCAAGUCGGGCGCCACCCAUGUCGCCGGCGUUCCGCACGUAGCUUACAACAAGCUGUCCAACACAGAACGGGACUCGGCCGAGUCACCCCGUCACGGCGGGUGGGACUACACGCCAGGGAGAACAGACACAAAGUCCCAUCUAUCCCACAAAGAAUCUGGUCUCACUCCUUCUGCACCGAAGCAGCCAUGGAGCACAUCCCUCAAGGGCUGGCUACCAGAGCUCAUAUGGUCAAUCAUUAGCAUCGCCUCUGUCGCUGCUCUCGCCGGAGUGCUGUCCCGCUUCGAUGGCCAACGACUGCCCGAGUGGCCGCUAGGCUUGACGCUCAACACGCUCAUCGCCUUUCUCGCGACGCUGGCGAGAGCUGCGUUUGUGAUACCGGUAUCUGAGAGCUUGUCGCAGUUGAAAUGGCUUUGGUAUCGCAAGGAGAGGCCGUUGAAGGAUUUUCAGGAUUUCGACUCGGCUAGUAGAGGGCCUUGGGGGAGUAUUCAGCUGUUGAAGACGACGAAGGGUUGGUCUCCGAGUCUCAUCGCGACGAUCGUCAUGAUCACGGCAAUUUUCACAUCGACGUUGACGCAAUCCGCCGUCACAUACCCCGUCCGUCUCGCGCGCGUAGACGGCGAUGCGACAGUACCUAGAUCAACUUCGUACUUCUUCAGUACAUCCAAUACCUUCUCAAGUUUACAACAGGAAAACUACGUCCAACAAUCCAUCUUCGAGGGCCUAAGCUACGACCAUACCCAAGAAUUCCCCCUCAGCCCAGCCCGCUGUCCCACAAGCGAGUGCCAGUGGGAGACCUACAGCUCGCUGAGCAUCUGCGCCAAAUUCUGGAACGUAACAGAAUCGCUUAACGUCACGACUAGAGAUACGCCUACUGGGUCACCGCGGGUGAAAGCUUCGCUUCCCAACGGGAUAUCUACGGACUUGAGCGGUAACUACUUCGGUCUCAUCAAUCUGCGAGGUACUCGAAAGCCAAUUGCGUCGGAUGUGAACCCUGAGGCGGCGCUCUUCAACUUUACCGUCAUCUAUUCCUUGAGAGAAGGGAACGACGCCGCAGUCGGAGCUACGGAAGCUGUGCUAUACCUCUGCGCAAAGACAUACAGCCUCUCCUUCACAGGCAACAUUGAAUCGCGCAGAGUCAUCGAGAUCACCUCAGACGUCGAACAGGGCUCUAUAACAUUCCCCUCCGGCCAAGUCCGAGACGACCUACCCGCGAUACGCGAUCCCCUCGACCCCAAUGGGAAGAACUUCCCCUACGGCGGUACUGGGUUCGGGGCGAUGCGGGACAGUCUCAUAAAUGCGCUUAACGGGUCGUAUUCGGAUCUCAGUAACGUGCCGAGUGCCCUCGGUCUUGCGCCGGCUCGGUACCUAGCCGCGAUGCAGUACGGCGCCAAGACAUUGGAGGCGCAGGGGCGGGCGAAUGUGUCGCAGGAGGUUGUGAUCAAUGAAGCUGUUGCGAAUAUUACGAAUAAUGUUGCGAGGAGCUUGUCAAAUCGCAUCACGAAUGAUACCACAAUAGCAAGGGGACAAGCACUCGCAUCGGAGACGUUCGUACAAGUUCGCUGGCCUUGGCUUGCGUUUAUAUCCUGUCAGGCCGUGCUCUCCAUCAUGCUCCUGGCUCUCGCCAUCGUUCAGACGAAGGCGGCGGGAAUUGGGGUGGUGAAGAGCUCUACGCUGCAAGCUAUGGUCGCCAUCAACUCCAAGGAUAAACAGGCUCUUGAGAUUGGGCUCGCGCAGGGGCAUCAUCAGGAAGAGGUGGAUGAUGUCGUUAAGAGAGGGCCGGGAAUAGCUUGGAGCUUGGGUAUGAGUGAUCGGGGAUGGACUCUUCGCAUAUAG